GUGGGGGCUGACGUUUGGGAGCUGAGGCUGCUGGCCACUGUGGGCAGAGUGGAGCCACAGGGCCAGAGGCAGGCAGCAUGGACAUGAACUUGAGCAUAGUGGCCCGGGAGACCAGCCCCGGCCUCAGGCCCAGCCUCAGCCCUGGCCUUGGUCCUGGCUUUGCUCCUGGCUUUGGUCUCAAUGGGCUGCCCCGGCUCAUGCCCCCCAAGGCAGCCAAGAAACCUAAAAAAGCUGUUCUCUUCUUCGAGGUGGAGAUUCUGGAUGCAAAGACGAGGGAAAAGCUGUGUUUCCUAGACAAGGUGGAGCCCCACGCCACCAUUGCGGAGAUCAAGAACCUCUUCACCAAGUCCCAUCCACAGUGGUACCCUGCCCGCCAGUCCCUCCGCCUGGACCCCAAGGGCAAGUCUCUGAAGGAUGAGGAUGUUCUGCAGAAGCUGCCUGUGGGCACCACAGCCACACUCUAUUUCCGGGAUCUGGGGGCCCAGAUCAGCUGGGUCACGGUCUUCCUGACAGAGUAUGCGGGGCCCCUUUUUAUCUACCUGCUCUUCUACUUCCGGGUGCCCUUCAUCUACGGCCAUAAAUACGAUUUUACAUCCAGUCGGCACACGGUGGUGCACCUUGCCUGCAUCUGCCACUCAUUCCACUACAUCAAGCGCCUACUGGAGACGCUCUUUGUGCACCGCUUCUCCCAUGGCACCAUGCCUCUGCGCAACAUCUUCAAAAACUGUACCUACUACUGGGGCUUCGCAGCAUGGAUGGCUUAUUACAUCAAUCACCCACUGUACACGCCCCCCACCUAUGGAACCCAGCAGGUUAAACUGGCACUGGCCAUCUUUGUGAUCUGCCAGCUUGGCAACUUCUCCAUCCACAUGGCCCUGAGGGACCUGCGGCCUGCUGGGUCCAAGACCCGGAAGAUUCCAUACCCCACCAAGAAUCCCUUCACGUGGCUCUUCGUGCUGGUAUCCUGCCCCAACUACACCUAUGAGGUGGGGUCCUGGAUUGGCUUUGCCAUCAUGACACAGUGUCUCCCAGUGGCUCUUUUCUCCCUUGUGGGCUUCACCCAGAUGACCAUCUGGGCCAAGGGCAAACAUCGCAGCUACCUGAAGGAGUUCCGUGACUACCCACCCCUGCGCAUGCCCAUCAUUCCUUUCCUGCUCUGAGCAGCUCAGCCAAGCCAGGCUGUCAUCCCCUUACCUCAGUGUCAUUCUGGGGGAGUAGUGCGGACCACAGCUCUCCAACACCUUGAAUAAACCUGCCUGUCCCUGU